UUCCUUACCUUCUCCAUCAGCCUCGGACACCAGACCAGCAGCCUCACGCACUCUUACCUUCAGCAACCUUUUCACGACCGCAAUGCGCGCCUUCACCCCCAUUGCCGCUCUCGUGUCCCUCGCUGCCUUCGCCGCCGCGAUCCGCAACCCGGACAACCCCCAGGACCCCAUCAACUGCCCGCCCAGCGGCGGCGCGGACCUGUGCUCGAAGGAGACUUCGUGCAACAACCGCAUCCGUAUCAACUACGGUCAGACCGAGAAGGGACACUACAUCUGGUACUUAAACGACUACGACCCGAACAACCUCCCUCAGGGUAUCACCAUUACCACGGACACCGUUGGGACGUGCUGAACGACCCGAUAUGAUUGCUGCGAGGUGGAGGAUAG